AUGGCAGCCGUCGCGCCUGCCGCAUCUACACACCUAGCCCACAGCGCAUCCCCCAUCCACCGCGCUGUUUCAUCGUCUGAACCUGCAACGCUUAAACGUAUGACUUCUCGCAAACUUUUCGGACGUUCUCGCAAAGCACCGCCGUCCUCUUCGGAUCACGGUUCAACAGCGGCCCCUCUGGGCCACUCGCAACGUCAAGCCAGCGGCAACGCCUUCACUGCUCGCGCCGAUGUCGGCAGCGACGGCUAUGCUGACGACAAGGUGUUCGGCAGCCACGACUCCAAUCUGUCCACCUCGGCGCUGAGCACGACGAGCACCGCCUCGCGCACUUCCCGCUUCUUUCGUCGCUUCGGACGUCAAAAGCCUCCUCCUGUCCCUUCGCUUCCUCCGGCGCUGGUGCUUGACCUCGACGCUGGGACUGCUCUCCCUCGCUCCUCCAACGCAGGUGUGCCCACGCCUAUCUCUGCCAAUGGUGUGGCGGGAAAUGCAGUCAACGCCAAGCAACGCAAGCAGCAUCCUCCUUCUGCAGCAGCUGCCAUCAUAGCCGAAUCCAACGCUGCCUAUGCCGCUGCCGAGUCCGUCCCCAAGCCGAAGGGCCUUCAGCGCAAAAAGAUGCUCGAAGCGCUUACGAAUGCCCGACUCGAUGUGAGCCAGGCUCGUGAUCUGGUGCGCAUGUGCGGCCUGCACAUCCGCGAGCGUGGCCUCGAUACCUCAGGUCUGUUUCGGCCUUUCCGCAUCGCCGAGUCGCAAGACCACGUCUACCACAUGAUCCAGCUGUUCCUCCUCUCGAUCGACGUCUCGACCUACAUCUCCGUUUUCCCCAUUCUUCCAGAAAAUGCGCUCGAUCGCUUUGGCCACAGUGGAGCCACUGCCGCCAACGGAGUCAACAACAGCGUCACAAGCCAGCAAGCGAAGAGCAAAGUCGCAGGCGAAGAGCUCGACAAGGAGCUUCGAUACGCUACCCCGCACGACGUCGUUUCCGUCAUGAAGUGGGGAUUGCGCCACGUACGCCUUCGUACAUCGGACUUCAACUCGAAGGAUGCAGACGAGUGGUACGACGUGUUUGUGGCGUCUGAGCGCGAGUCUGGAUAUCACGCUAGGGCAAUUGCCGAUCUGCUGCACCCAAAACUGCCUCAAGCGACAGCAGAGCUGCUCAGCGAGGUGCUCGAUCUCAUGGCGUCGGUGGCUGCGCACUCGAGCAGCAACCACAUGCCUGCGUCAGCGCUGUGCAAGGUGCUCGGGUUCUGGCUCUUUGGUCGAAUUGGCGUCGCGCAUCCGCCGCCGACGGUGAACGAGCUGAUCGAGGCGGUCAACAGGACGUCGGGCAUGGCGGAGCAUUUGCUGUUGGCUCAUAUCCGAUCACAGGCUGCCGUCACGUUUUCGAUGCCGUUGAGGCUGACUGAGCUGGUGCAACGAUAUCCGUACAUCAAAGCCGGGGGCGAGAGGCCUUGUCUGCCCCCCGCGUUUGCUACGCGACCUGUGCCGACGCUGAGGAUCGACAUGCGCUCCGACAAUCUGAUUGUGUCGCAGACCAAACCGCGUGCUCCCUCUUCGACGCUCGCAGAUGCUCUGGAUGCGUCGGCUUCAGAUGAUCUUCAAGGAGGGCAGGGCGAGAUGUGGGCCGCGAUCAUGACGCAGCUCGACCACCUAGCUGAGGACAGCAAGAAGGGCUACGAGCUGCUCAUUGACGAACACGUGCGCAUUCUCCGUCAAGUCGAUCAGGCGUUGGCCGCGGCAAAUGAAGAUGGAAAGGCGGAGAACGGGCAACAGGAUCUGAUGUCUGCAGCCGCUGUAGCUGCUCCUCCCGCUAGGACGGCGGCUGCACCGUCGAUCGCUCAGCUCAAAGCGAGCCGUCGUCGAUCUCGGUCGCUGUCGGAUCUGCGAAGCCACCUGAUCUUUGCCGGACCGCUCACGACACUCAACGAAUCGAAUCUUAGCGAUGGGGGCAAUACUCCGCGUAGUAACGGGACGCCUAAGCGGAAACCGGUGCCGCUGAUCGAUGCGCAGUUGCUGAACGAGGGCGAUGAGGUGGAGGUGGUUGCCGAUCGGCCGAGUGCCGGUCAGCAGCGACGGGGCGUUGAGGACUCGGAGCUGUUUUCGGGCGAUCUGGAGCCAUCUGCUUCUUGGAGGUCGUUUUCGGAGGAAGGAUUUGGAGGUAUUAGUACGGCUUCUUCGGAACUGUCGCUGUCCGAGUUUGACCUGCGACCGGUGGGAGCGUCAGCUGCACAGACAUUGCCCUCUCGUCGCAGCAACCGGAGCCUGUACCGCGUGCGGUCGUCGACGUCCGGCAUUUCGCGUCGCAAGCUCUCGCGCAUGUCGAGCCAGCAGUUGGACGUCGAGGAGGAUCGAGCGAAAACAACGCACACGGUCACCUCAGCGACACUAACCCGUCAGCUCGAUACGUCGUUUGCAGUGCUCUGGCAGGACCAGCUGCUGGAUCCUUCGCCUUGCUGCCGCUUACCCCAGCUCGUGUUUGUGCAGCUCAACCCGAGGACUGCCAAGGCGGUGGAAGGUGGAGAGAGAGCAGAAGGGGACGUGCCGACGUACCCGGGCGAGGCGCCGUGGCUGCUGGUCGUAGAGACGGUGAUCCCGCCGAGACCGCCUACGCCUCCGGCAACCGCCCGAGGGGCCGGAGAAGGCGAGAGCGAUAGGAAGAGCAUCUUCGCCCCCAGCAUUAGGAGCGUCAGGAUGCGGCUGAGGAGGGUCAGCACUGUGAUUGGGACCGGAAUGGGGAGGAGGAAGCAUGAGCUGGAUGUGGGCGGUAGAGAUGGUGAGGGGGGCGAGAAGAUUUGA